UCGACACGGAACAUGUUUUCUGCUCUUAAGAGACUGUAUUAAAAACACUAAUGUGGACUUGUGCUUUUACGUGUUAAUUUGUGUUAUGUGGGCGUGAAUGCCGAAUUUGGAAUUGAAUUUUUAUCACAUUCAGUCGUGUGUUGAAAUUUCGUGUCGCCCCAUUGAAAGUACAAUGUCGCGUGAUUUCUCGCAAGAUAUUUUAUGAUAGUGUGUGAACGAUUGUUUAAAUGUUUUCGAAGGGGUUCAUCUUUAAAUAGAAAUGAGCCAAGUGGCAACAGACGACAGCAUGAGUGACGACGUGUUCGAAGAGGAUACGCUGCGAGCGCCCGCACCGCGCAGCACUCCCUCCCCUACCGGUUACCCGGACUACCGGCCCCCCACUGAGACUCCGCGUAGUCUACUCGAUGAAGACUUACCUAUACACAAGACGAUCUUGCUGGGAGACAGCGGCGUGGGGAAAACUUCCCUACUCGUGCAGUUUGAGACGGGCAAGUUCCAGCCGGGCAACUUCUCAGCUACCGUCGGCAUCGGAUUCACGAACAAGGUAGUGACGGUGGACGGCGUUAAGGUGAAGCUUCAGAUUUGGGACACGGCGGGGCAAGAGCGCUUCCGUAGCGUAACUCAUGCGUACUACCGAGACGCACAUGCUCUUUUACUUCUCUACGACGUGACCAACAAGACGAGUUUCGACAACAUCCGGGCGUGGCUGGGCGAGAUACGAGAAUAUGCCCAAGACGAUGUCGUCAUUAUGCUUCUGGGAAAUAAAUCGGACAGCGGCCUAGAGAGGGCAGUGCGGCGCGAGGAGGGGCAGCGUCUGGCGCGAGAGUAUCAAGUCGCGUUUAUGGAGACGUCAGCUAAAACCGGACUAAACGUGGAAGCGGCAUUCGGCCAUGUGGCGCGAGCUCUUGUCGCGAAAGCGAACCCCGUCGACCCAGCACGCCUGGCGGUGCGCGCGCAGCCCUCCCAAGAACAAAGGUCCUCGUGCCCGCCAUGUUCUUAAACUGACCACGUUUUCCCGCCACUUUUUGAAUAACGCCAGCGAUUCGAAGUGGAUAAAACUCGCAUCUAUUGUUUCACAUGUGUAUAUAAUUAAAGAUCUUGACAAAAAAAUUUCAUGUUCAACUAGGAUUAUUGGGAUGUAACCAUGUUCUACAAGAACACUAUUUAUCUGCACAAUUUGCCGUAUGUAUUUUUAUGUGUAUGCAAAGGAUUUGAUCGUACGAUGCUUGAUAGCCAAUUUUUGCACAUUUUAUUUUUAUUAACAUAAGUAUUUCAAUGUUAGGAGAUUGUUUACGUAUCGCAAAUUUUGUAUUUGUUUUUAAAACAAAUAAUAAGAAUUUUAUUUAUACCAAAGUGUUUUAAAAAAAUGUAGCAUUAAUAAGCACAAAGUACGUAAUAAAGCAUAAAAGGAGCAAUUUUAAUUAUUUCUAAUAACACGAUGUGAAUUCAA